AUGAGUUGGUGGCCUUUUUACGAAAGCUCUGAAAAUAAAGAUAAAAAUGUUUCACCCUAUGAUUCAUUAGUACCUCCCCCUCCUUCAGGGCCAUAUGUGGCACCUCCGGUAAAACCAAAAAAUAUAUCCAUUGAUGCAGUGGAUAGGUCAUUCAUAGGCUUUAGCCCACCGCCUAAAAUCAAAGAUUCAUAUCACAUUAACAGUGAUUAUUCCAUGUACCAGGAUGAAGAUACAUCUUCCAAGGGGAAAUGGGCUAGGUUGUCAAAUUUAAUGACUAAUCAAAGGGCUAGGGGUUGCAUCGAGAGCGUUAAAAUGGGUUGCAAGAUGGGUGCCACUGUUGGUGGAAUUUUUGGAUCAAUUACGGGUUUAUAUGCUUCAAUUGUCCAUCGCAAUUUACUAACACUACCUUUGUCAACAAUGGGCGGAGCAGUCAGCUUUGGAUUCUUUUUGGGUUGUGGCAUGAUUGUAAGAUGCUAA